GGAUGAAGGGAAACGCCACGAGGAAAGAAAAUAGGAUAUGAUAAAGGGGCUAUUGCUAAGAGACCGUGAAGUGCAAGGUCGAAUAUGAGAGAUUGGUUGAGCGGGGCACUUUGCGUGGUAAUAGCUGGUCGGCAAUAGUACUAUGAUUUGGUAUGUGGCCACUCUGAUAGCAAGUGUAUUCAGCACCAGAGGAACGGCCGCUCAAGGUGCCCACGGAGUGAGAGAGGAGCCCCGGUUUGUGACGGCGCGCGCCGGAGAGAGCGUGAUCCUGGGGUGUGACGUGUCCCCUCCCCUGGACGGCCAGCAGCCCCCCUAUGUGGUGGAGUGGUUCAAGUUUGGAGUGCCGAUUCCCUUCUUCAUCAACUUCCGCUUCUACCCUCCUCAUGUGGAUCCAGAGUACACUGGUAGAGCCACUCUGCAUGGGAAGGCCUCCCUACAGAUCGUCCCAGUGCGCUCCGAGGACCAGGGCUGGUACGAGUGCAGGGUCCUGAUGCUGGAGCAACAGUACGACACCUUCCACAACGGCAGCUGGGUGCACCUCACAGUCAAUGCCCCACCGUCAUUUACAGCAACGCCGCCACAGUAUGUGGAGGCGAAGGAAGGGGGAAGCACUCUGCUCAGCUGCUCUGCCCAGGGAAAUCCAAAACCAAUGAUCAGCUGGCUGAGGGAGGGGGAGGAGCUUGCAACCAACGCAAAAUAUUCAGUGCAUGAUGGCAGUGUCACCAUCCUGGGCAUCACGAGAGAUGACAGAGGGGCGUACACGUGCCGGGCUUACAGUGACCAGGGAGAGGUGCUCCACACUACCCGUCUGCUGGUUCAAGGGCCUCCAUACAUCGUCUCUCCACCAGAAAACGUCACUGUAAAUAUAUCCCAGAAUGCACUCUUCACCUGCCAAGCGGAGGCGUAUCCUGGCAACCUGACCUACACCUGGUUCUGGGAAGAGGAUAAUGUCUACUUUAAGAAUGAUCUGAAGCUGCGAGUGCGCAUCCUAAUCGACGGCACGCUUAUCAUCUUCCGGGUCAAGCCGGAGGAUGCUGGGAAAUACACCUGCAGUCCGAGCAACAGCCUCGGUAUCUCCCCCUCGGCAUCAGCCUACCUGACUGUUCAGUACCCUGCCCGUGUGAUCAACAUGCCGUCUGUCAUUUAUGUCCCACGGAAACUGCCAGGCGUCAUCCGCUGCCCGGUGGACGCCAACCCACCAGUGACAUCAGUGAAAUGGGAGAAAGACGGCUAUCCCCUCAGAGUAGAGAAGUACCCCGGUUGGAGCCUGAUGCAGGAUGGAAGUAUCAGGGUGGCGGAGGCAACCGAAGACUCCCUCGGCACCUACACCUGUGUGCCUUACAACGCUCUCGGUACCAUGGGGAUGUCCCCCCCUGCCACUUUGGUGCUAAAGGAUCCCCCUUACUUUAAUGUGAGGCCUGGGGGGGAGUAUCGCCAGGAGGCUGGGAGAGAGCUUGUUAUCCCCUGUGCUGCUUCUGGAGACCCUGACAUACCAUCCAUUACCUGGAGAAAGGUGGGGAAGCCGAGCAAGAGUAAGCACAACAUCCUACCCAGUGGCAGCUUACAGUUUCUGUCCCUCAGCAAGGAGGACCACGGAGAAUGGGAGUGUGUAGCCACCAAUGUGGUGACAAGCAUCACUGCCAGCACGCGAAUCCUAGUCAUCGGCACCAGCCCACACGCUCCUGGCAACAUCCACGUAUUGCCCUCAACAACCUCUGCUAAUGUGUCCUGGGAACCAGGAUAUGAUGGUGGCUUCGAACAGACAUUCUCUGUGUGGUAUGGUCCAGUGUCAAAGAGAACCGACUUUGGUCCUCAUGACUGGCACUCUAUGCCAGUUUCUGGUGCUCAGACCUGGUUGGUGGUGCCAGGGCUGGAGGCUGGGACAGAGUACCAGUUCAGUGUGUUGGCACAGAACAAACUGGGCACGGGCCCAUUCAGCCAAGUUGUGACGGUCAACACUGCAGGCUCUCCUCUGGGUACCCCAGAACCACUGGUGCUUCUUACUCCACCACGGUGCCUAACAGCCAAUCGCACGCAGCACGGUGUCCUCCUCACAUGGCUUCCUCCAGCCAACCACUCCUCACCCAUCGACCGAUAUAUCAUGGAGUUCCGCCUUGGGGAGAGGUGGGAGGUUCUGGAUGACCUAAUCCCGUCCACCGAGACCGAGCUCAUAGCCAGAGACCUCGUUCAGGAGUCCUGGUAUGAAUUUCGGGUGAUGGCUGUCAUGGAUGACCUGAUCAGUGAAAGCAGCAACGUAGUGGGAGUGUCGAGCACCGAUCCCUUCCCUCCUGCGGAGUUGCCUGAUGAGGGGCUAGCGCGGCCGGUGGUGGCGGGUGUCGUGGCAACUAUCUGUUUUCUGGCAGCAGCAGUACUGUUCAGCACUCUAGCAGCUUGCUUUGUCAAUAAGCAACACCGUCGUAAACUGAAGCGUAAACCAGAUCCUCCCUUGUCAGUGACACACUUCAGGAAAAGCAUUGAGUCACCGUUAUCAUCUGGGAAAAUAAGUCCAGAGAGCUCUCCUCCAUCUAGGCCCCGCUCUCUUUCUUCAGAUGGGUCCCACGGCCCAGGCCUAUACGUCAGGAAGCUGCCCAGCCCUCAGAGGGAGCGAGACAAAGAGCUCUCCUUCUACAAGAAAACCAAGCGUGCCAUAGCCAGCAAGAAAUACAGUGUGUCCAAGUAUGAAGCAGAGGUCACCACGCCUAUUGAGCUGAUAAGCCGUGGCCCUGAUGGCCGCUUCGUCAUGGAAAGCCCACCGGCCCGCCGCAUCCACGGCUUCCCCUUCGCAGAGGAAUCUGACAUGUACCCUGAGUUCCGGCAGUCUGAUGAGGAGAAUGAUUUUGACCCCGGGCCUCUGCCGCCCAUCAUGCCCACGCUGCGGCCCCAGCUCUCCCCAACAUCCUCCAGCCUGGAGUCAACGCAGCCCCCCAACUACAGCCCCCGCCUACACAGGGCCAUGGAAGGUAUGAGCUUUGCAGAGGGCAGUGCACUUCACGCCUCAGGGCAGGCCCCAGCCUCCCGCUACAGGGGCUUUCCCCAGGGCCCAUUCUAUGGGUAUCUAGGCAGCCGCAUUGAAUCAGGGAUUCCACCACCAUUCUACAUGCCUGACAUCAGCCCGCGCAGCUCUGCUCUGUCCUCCCCCCCAGGCACCGCCGAGGGGCCCUUUGGUUACCCCUCCAUCCCUGAGGAGAGUGGUGAGAUGGAGCACCAUCAGUACACUGCCUCUGGCCAUUCUCUGUCGCACACACACAGCCCGCCUCGCUCUCCUGAAAGCUGGCAGCCUCAUGAGUUACCCUUCCUGGGUCUGGAGGGCCCACGGUUCAUAUACCCGCCUCACCAUCCCUUGCAUCAUCCCCAGGACCUCCCUGAUCCACCCCCAUACCCUCCUCACUCUCACCCCCACGGUCGCCUGCACCUCUCUUCCCUAAAGGAUCCAUCAAGCCCUGGACUCCUGCAGCUGGAAGUCCCUGUGGCUUCCCAAGGGAGAGACAGGCCCAUGGGGCCUCCGGUUAGGCGUUUAGCUAUGCAACAGGCCCAGAGUCUCGGCCAGCUCAGACACACGGCCCACGGUGUGGGUGUACCAGUGUUGCCUUACCCUGACCCGGCAGCCCGUGCAGGGAGCCCAAGCACAGCCCCCAGUAGUAGCCCUCAGUCCUGGCUCAGCCCGAGAGCUGGGCGCCGGGCAGACCCCAGCCUACCCCCAUUAGUACUCCAGCCCUCCCGCCUCUCUCCACUCUCCCAAAGCCCCCUUAGCACCCAGCCAGGUUCCCCAGAUAUUCUAGUGCGGCCCCCUCCACGCCCCAGCAUCCUCCGCACCUCUCGGUCUCUGGAGAUGCAUGAAAUCACCCUGCAGCCCACUGUCAGUUUCUCCAGGAGGUCUUCCCCGUCCGCCUCUCCCACUCAGAGCCAGUCCACCAGGCAUCCCAGCCCCAGUUACCACGCUCACAUGUCCUAUGCCUCCACUGCAGCCAGUUACCCCUCCCAGUCCCCCUCUCCCCCUCAGGAGGGCAGGGAUGUAUUCGGGCAGAGGCCGUCCCAGAGAAGGACAGAGGAGGAGAUGCUGCCCUCAGAGCCCUCUCAGCUCCAGAUAUCAGCCUCAGGAGAACCUCUAGGUGCGUCUAGUGAUCCUGCCGGGUCUGAGAGCUUACCAGCACUGCUACACCACUGUAUUACUAAGGCCAAGGGAGUGGCUGCCAACAACAAUAACAACACAACCUCCGUAAGGAGAACAGGUGUGUGUCCCUCUCAGACCCAGCAGCAAUCUCAGACCCCCCAAGAGGGAGAGGAUCUCCGCAGAAAGAGGAAAAGGCAAAACAAGAAGAACCCCUAUGUCUAUUUGACCUCCUUCCUGCACCGCAGGCAGUCUGAUGAGGACCAGACAGGCAUACUGGCCAGUGCAGACUCCGAGAGCCCUAAUUAUGGCACUCUACGCUGAUCUGUGUGCCCUCCAAGCCAUUGGACGAGACUGAACCCACCUCAGUCCUCCCUGCUCCAACCCGAGCUCUAGCAAACACAUUUCUUAUAAUCUCUUAAAGUUCAUCAGGGUCUGGGCAGCGAGAAACAUCCAGCUGUAAACUCCGGGGGUUGAAAAUCUCAUGUGAAGUCAAGAACAAUGGCUUUUCUGACUUGUCACCACCACUUGUCUCUGAGGAAUUUCACUUGAAAACGUUUGAAACAUAUAUAAUGUAUAUAAAUAGUAAAAACAAGGGAAUUAAGCUUCCUUCUACAGUAAUAAAAAUGUGUUGGUUGAGUAUGUCACAACACGUAAAAGAUUUUUCACUCACAGGUCAUUGAUGGGUCCAUAUCUUUAGGUUUUUCAGUGAUACAGUGUACUGUGAAACCUGGUGCGUCCUUGGACAUGGACAUGGGUCUACCUUUCCUACAAUACAAAUAGCGUCAAUAUUUAAACACAGGGUUCUUACCACAAAAUAUACCUCAGAGUAAACGCAGAGUUGCUGUAAAUCUUUGGGUAUACUGUAAGUACUUUACCUUUUUACAUAUAAAACGUAUGGAUUAAAAGGUUUAUAUUACACGCCGCACUCAUUCAGACAGAUAAUGACCUAACUUGAUCUAAUUUAGCUUUUUACUAUCGAUAAUAGCUGGAAUGUUUUGUUUAUUUUCAUGUACGAUUCAAUGCCAACCAUUAGAGGACUGUCUUAGUUAUAGUGCUUGAUGACUGAGUGUGUUUACACUUGUCAUUAAAGCACCAAAUUAGGAUCAAGAUCAUAGCCUUCAUGAGAGCUUUCAAAAUAAUUUGGGGCUUACACGCUCAACAGAUGUUGGACUUUAGGUUUAGAAGAACAGGGUGAUGAAUUGUGAAGUGUACUGUAGUAUGUAUUUCAUUAUUAAGAAAUCAUUUGUGGAACGUGGCACGUCUCUAGGUGCCUUUUUGCCUUUUCUCUUGUUUUUUCUAACAUAAACUGCCUUUUCCUUCGCCUUCUCAUAUUGGUCUCUUCUGGAGGUUGGAAGUGAGGGACUUUAAUAUUAUGUGUGUUUUUACUUUCUCUGCCAAGGACACAUUAGAGAAAACGCUACAGAGAAUGCUUCUUUGCUGUUUUUUACAUUUGUAUUUCAAAUGGGUACCUGCUUCAACUGUGUGUACCCAAGUACAAGUACACAACCAGAUUACCCAUACAAAUAAAACAAAAAAUACCAAUUCAAAUAAAAAAGGCAAACUAAAUCCAAUAAGUACUACUUACAUUUUCAAGUACAAGAGCAUUGUGCAUGAGAUUUCAUGCGUAACUAGGAUGUUAAUGUUUAACAACAGCUGUUAGAGGAGAAUGUGAUUUCUUCAUGAAGCUGUUAACAAGCAAUGGGAAACACUCUAACAAAGGCCACCCUGACUGUUUAUCUUUAACAACUGUAUAUUUCUUGCUAGCUACUUCUCUGUAUGUUUGUUACUUUUUCGUCACUAACCGAUAAUGAAUGUAUGUUUUGCUGUACAGAAAAUGAAUGUCCCGAUGUCACAGUACAUUGAAUGACCCAUUACGUUGUUUAUAGAGCAGCUGCCAUUGGUGAGAUGUCCAGUUGGCAAAUGAAGUCCAAAUUGAUUAACUUCUCUGUGUUAUUGCUGAAUAACGUAAUAGCUAACGGCCCCACACCACUUCUGAGCCAAGCUCCCUUUCUUCUGAUGGCUACAAGAAACCCAUUUCCUUUUUUACUGCUAAUGCUAAUUCAAUCACUCAGACAUAUCAGCUAUAUUUCCAUCUGCUACAAACAAAUCAGAGGUUUCCGACAAAUAUCCACAUGAAUGAAUCGACUCAAUGUCUGCUUACUGAAAUCUCUUUUGACAAGUGAGAGUGAUGAUUGCCUGAAAGUGAAAGUGCAUAUUCUACUUUAACAAAUUGGUUUCUUGUAAGAUACAAUUAAAACGAAAAAAGAUCUAUAUUUGUUAUGUACUGUACAUGGUAUGUAUUGUAUUUGUAAAGAUGAAUCAAACCAUGUUUUACAGGAAUACGUUCUUGUAUGAGGAUGUAUGAAAAGACGGGAAGGAUCCCUAGGAAAACUAAAUUAGAUUAUAUAUAAAAGUAUUUGCUUACAGUACGGCUUUAAGUGGAUAAUGUUUCUAAAACACUUUAAGGUGCCUCAUUUGUCAUACUCUUGCAGACAUUAUUUUACCUGAGAAGAAAAAAAACCUUAAUGUUAGUACCGUACGAUGUAUUAUUGCCAUAGCCCGCUGGCUGCACAAGUUAAGUAGUAUUUUCUCUGAUGUAUAGUACGUGAAUGCCCUUUGGAAAAAGCUUUAGAAGCAGACGUGUGUUGCCCUCUAUAACAAUAUCCCUGGAACAAAGUUAUACUAGUAGAUUUAUCCAGAUCUUUCGCCUUCAGGUGUCCAAAGCAAAUAAACUGAAGGAAACUUUUUUCUAAGAGUCACAGACAUGCUCUCGUCAUGUACAAUACGUGCUGUGGAGGAAACUGUGUUUACAUUAGUUUGAUAAAGAAAAGUGUGUUAGGGCAUAGUUGCUUUGAACAUUACGACUUGGUGCUAUGUUUAACUUUGUGGUGCUGUAGAAUAGAGGUCUAAAGAUUUUUUGUUCUGUUUCCACAAGCAGGCCCUUUGUGUUUGAGCAACUAAACUAGCUCCGGUAGACACUAUAGGUCCUUAUCAUAACAGUAUCAUGGUGUGAUGACAGUGAUAGACAAUACUGGAAAAAUAGUAGUAUAACCUCGAGUAAUAGAGACUUGUGACCUUCAAAUGAACUCCUGUUUUCUAUAGUGUGUUUGCAAUGUCUGUCUGUGCUUCCAAGGUACCCUCUCUAAAGUAUAUUUGUGAUGAUAUUGACAAUAUUAACCCAGCCUAAAAAGAGAACCUGGUUUAGAUUAGUACACAACCGCAGGACACAUGGGAGGGAAUCUGAGAGUAAUGUCAGUUCACGAGGGGAUCUUUUCUACACACUUCCUGUAGGUCCGCCAUCUUUGGUUAACAGCACUGUUUUUCAAGCACACUAUCUGCAGGGGCGUAACCGUCUCAUGUCAUCACCACUUUUCUGAGAGUAAAGAUACUACUAGUACUGUACAGUAUGGCCACGAGUAGCCAUCAGACCACAUUUGUAUUUAUUGCUGAUUCUCCUGGUUGAAAGGUGUUGGGAAAGCUCAUACAUCCUCUCCGUGGGUUUAAAACGAAUGGAUGUUGUCUUCCGGGCUCUUUUUUGCAUAUUCAACAGAAACAUGUACAGCGUUUAAGAGGGCUGCUUUGGACGUACUGUUAGCUCAAAAUUUUUUGUUUUCCUUUUCGAUUGUUCUGCUUACAGCUUUUAGUGCAUCACUAGGUGCUGGUAGGAUGAUACUUAGAACCGAUUUGAUUUUUUAUUGUAUUAAUCUUGCAUGUAGAGACAAUACAAAAAAACGCCUAUUUAGCAAUCAUUCAUGGACAUCCGAGCUGGUUGUUAUUGGACGGAAAAUAGAAAUAUGUAGUAUUUUCUAUAUUCUCUGUUUUUUCAUGUGUACCAGCACUGAGAAACUAGAAUGUAUUAUUAUCGUAGGCUACAAUAAGCACUACAUCGUUGACUGUUUUAGCUAUUGCUCAUACUCAAGCAAACCAAGUAGUGCUUAAAAAGGAAGAAAAUGUACUACAUUUAAUUUCAUUUUCAUCCACUGAACUCUGUGCUGUUCAUCACAUGUUUACAUUCUGUAUUCUAUGUUGUUUAUUGUUUUUUUGUACAUAAUUUGUCUCCAUAAUGGUCUUUAAGUUGUAUUCAACACUGUUCAUAUGUAAAUAUUUUUUUUUACUUUUCUCUGUUUUAAAAUGAUAACCUGAUGUCCUUAUUUUGGUUUCAGUUUUUAGACUUGUUUUUCUGUUAUGUCACCACAUCAGGUAUAACGCUUCACUUAACUUUUUGUGAGCAAUUAACUCAUACUGUAUGGUGCUGUACCAAAGCCUUAUGUAUAAUAUUUGUAUUAUUUUAUCUCGUUUGCCACUGCUGUCCAGUGAAUUCUGUAUCAUCUGAGAUCAUGUCUUACUCACUCUUCAUGUUCAACUGCCAUGGAUGUCAUUUCUUUAUUGAGUAAACAGAAACCUGAACGAACUAUGAUGUAAAAACUCUGGCCUGUUACCAACUGGCCUGGAUAUGACAGUCGCCGUCAAAAGCCUUUGUAAGGAAAAACACACAGGCUCACUGCUGGUGGCUCAUUGUGACGUAGACAUGGGCCUAGCACAUGAUCUAUGCUCUAUAUAUGGCAUGUCUAUGAGAAAAUGAAAAAAGUGUUGUAUUCAUGUCACCAUAUCAUUUCAAAAUGCUUAGUCCCAUAUGAAA